GCCCAGUCGGUCCUAUUGUUAGUUGAAUCGCAUAAUAGUCUGUGAAUGUCAUUACAAAGUGAUUACAAAUUAACCAAAGCCGUUAAAUUUCUAAAUAAAAAAAAAAUACAAAAUAAAAUACCAUUUUAGUUUGGGAAAGUGAAACCGUGAUGAAAUCGUAAAAAAAGCAGAAUACGUAUCGAUUUUUAGAAGCGAGAUUGCUUUCUGAUGUGUUUUGUCAAACCAAAGAUUUGAUGACAAACUAUUUAUCAGCUCACGCUUAACUAGGAUCAGCGAGAGAGUCAACAAGUUGCAGGGAGAUACCUGGCAGAAGCAUUAAACAUUAUUCAACCACUUUGCCUUUUUAUGAGUCUCAAAUCAUAUGAUAUUGAAACUGUAAAAGCUUGUAAAGAUAUAAUACUAGAUAUUAAAAGUGAACAAAACCAAGAUGUCACAGGGAAUAGCAAAGAGAUUCAAAACAGACCAUAAAUGUUAUGGACAGUUGGUUCUUGGUCCCCCAGGUGCUGGUAAAACAACAUACUGCCACAAAAUGUCGAUAUUAUUGCAGAAACUUGGAAGGAAUGUUGUGGUGAUUAACCUUGAUCCUGCUAAUGAUUUGAUGGCCUAUAAACCUGGUAUUGAUAUAAGAAACUUGAUAAACCUUGAAGAUGUUAUGGCUCAAAAUAAACUAGGGCCUAAUGGGGCCUUGUUAUAUUGCAUGGAGUACUUGGAAAGAAAUAUUGAUUGGUUGUUAGGACAAAUUAAUUGUACUAAUUCUUCUUAUUAUAUAUUUGAUUUACCAGGUCAAGUUGAAUUGUAUUGCCACCACAAUAGCUUAAGUCAUAUCAUUUCAAAGCUUGCCAGUGAUGCAAAUCUUCAACUAUGUGUUUUACAUUUAAUUGAUUCACAUCAUUGUUCAGAUGCUGGGAAGUUCAUUGCAGCCUUAAUGUUGUCUCUAAAUGCAAUGCUAAAAAUUGGAAUGCCUCAUAUAAAUCUUCUUACAAAAGCUGAUUUAUUGAAAAAACAUAAAAAUAAACUUAAUUUUGGCCUUGAUUUUUAUACUGAAGUUCUAGAUUUAAAUUAUUUGCUUGAGUGUUUAGACAAAGACAGUGUUAUCAAUAAGUUUAAAAAAUUAAAUAGUGCUUUUGUUUCAAUUAUUGAAGAUUAUAGUUUAGUUACCUUCCAGCUAGUGAAUAUGAUGCAAGAACAAAGUUUGCUUAAUGUAAAAAAUCUGGUAGACAAAGCAAAUGGAUAUGUAUUUAAAUCUGAUGAAGGUCGACAUAUAAACAGUAUGCUAGCAUGUGCUAUGGGUGUCAGUGAUACUAAUAAUGCUGAUAUUUUGUAAUAAAUAUAUAUGUAAUUAUAUGUGUUGGUUUUAAUUUUAGUAAUCUUAGUUUGAUUCCUAGCUUUAUUUAUUUACUAUUCAGUGGAUGUUUGAUUACUUUUUGCUGUGAAAGAAAACCUGACCUACCUGUACUCAAUUGAAAAGUAUUUUUUUCAGACCACAUACAAUGACAGACCCCUGUCUUACCUAGUAUUCCCGACACGCCCUUAGAUGUCGACCAAAGGCGAUAGGGCAAUAAAUCCUCCCACAAAACGAAGCUUACCCUUUCCCUGCACUCCACUAAACGAUUUCGAUUUUAAACAAAAAUUGAAUAAUGCGGACUCUAGUGCAGGGGGCUAGGUGCCCACAGAGAUGUUAUUUAUUUAUAAUAUACCUAUAUGUUGUAAUUACAGCCACACAGGCAGCACCAGAAGUGUCACACUGGAAUGCUAUACGUGACACUGUCUCAGAUCUUUUGGUAACAUACUCAUCAGUAUGUUACCAAAGGAUCUGAGUGGCUGGCUACUACAAAUAUAAACACAAUAAUCGGGGUAAAUUAUGCUAUUAAACAAAGUCGACAAUAAAAACAUUGAUAGGGAUAAUCUUCAAAGGGCAACAAUGUUGUGAUUGUGAUAUUUGCAAAGAGUAUUACACUAUAGUUAAAAAUAUAUAUAUAUAUAUAUUAUAUUUUUUUAUUAUUUAUUGCAAAGAUAUAUUUCAUUGUGAGCAGAGAAGUUUCGUGAACUCUCACCCACCCCCUGCUAGGUAUCUAAUAAAAGUAAUUUUAAAUAAAACUAGUUUUAACGGGUUAAUGCACGAAACUAUUUAUUAAUUGAUUAACCCGUUAAAACUAGUUUAAUAAUGAGUUACGUGCGUGAAAACCUAAGAAACAAAAAAAGGGAUUAUUUUACUAACGUACCACAACGAGAAAAGGUAAUUUUACUAAAAAAUCACGAACAAGAAAAUAGUUAUAUCUAUUCUAUUGUCACGUGACCGAAAACACCUGGGAUUGGCGGGGCUUACU